AUGGACCCUUCGCAUCGAGCCGCGCUGCCUCGCAGACCCUCAGACGACUACUACACCUCGACACUCGACACCUCGCACGAGCCGCGCCUCAUUGCGUUUUCCGAUUUUACCACCCCUUCAGCGGCUUCGCGCCCUCGCAGGCCAAGUCUGCUGAACCUGGCCAAGUCACCGGAGGUGCUCUACGGCAGCAUCCAGCUUCCUUCGGACCACAGACGCAACUCUGCUGCACGAUCUAGCAGCCGUCCAGAGGCUGCAGCGGGCAUCCCUGCAGGCACUCGGCGCGAGAUGCCCGCUCGCCCCUCAUGGAUGAGUCCUGACAGGCCCACAGUCGAACUGGGGGGACAUGGUGCACGCAUGCUGGACGAGGAGGAGGAGCCGCGGCCCCGCUACGGCGUUCGAGCGGAUGUAUCGAGCGUCGACGAGCGUUCCAUCUCCACGACUGCGCCACAUCCGAGACAUCGAAGUCCUUCAUCGUCGUUGAGCAAUGGUUUGAGGCACCCUUCCCUCCACGCCCAUCACUCCACGCGUCCACGACUACCCGAUGGUCACGAUCUGCCUAGCGCGCCAAAGCCUGUUUCGACCCCCACCCGCACGGACAGCUUUCUCGCGUCCCUUAUGCGCGCGGGCAGCGCAACAGCAAGCUCACCGACUUUGGAGCGUGAACCGAUACCGUCGCCUACACUAACCUGCGCAUCCGCUCCACCACCUGACCAAGUAAGAUCCAACAGCCCUGUCUACUCGAGCACGUCUGGAAGAGACGCGCCUGCUCACGUCGGCAUCCACAAUCGAAUGCCUUCUCAUCCUCCCUCGAGGCCCUCGUCACGUGCCUCUGCAGACCGCGAGCUCCAUGAUCCACGCCUGACCCGCCAUCUACACGACAAGGACAGCAUGCUUGGCAUGCAACGGCAUCCAGAUGCAAGAGUCGGAUCUGUAGCGCCGCUCAGUUCUAGUCCGAGGCUGCCGGACUUUGCAACCUUUUCUCGCCGCGUCGCCGAAUCGGGCAGAGCGGAUGGCGAACACAGUGGCUCCUCUGCCAGUACACCUGUACUCGGGAGUCGGCUGGCGUAUCCCAGUUUGCCGGCGCACCCAAAUGCUUCGGCAUUGGAUCCGAGGUUGAUGGUGCCUGCGUCGCACUCGCUGCGAGUCGGAAUGCAUCGGCGCAAUGCCAGUGGAGAUCAGAUCCUGGGCAAGCGCAAAGGCGAUUGGACAGGUGACGCUGCGCCCUCAGAACGCAACUCUCACGCGCACUACUCCGUCAAUCAUCCCAGUUCCCUGCCUGGCAGGCAGCCGCCCCCUACACCACUGGCUUUUCCGCCAUCGCGCUCGGCCACGGCUUCGCAGUCCAAUGACCUGCACUACCGGGAAAGUCACACGCAAGAACCUGCUUACGCUUCGCCGACUGUUCAGCAGUCGUUUUCGAACACGUCCUACCAACCGUCUGUCGUGCGUGGAGCGCAGUUGACUCGCCAAGUGGAGCGCCGCGAGCAGCACAGCAAUACGAGUCGACUACUGCUCCUCCACAUCGCUUCUCUGCACGAGCAGACUUCUGGCGUGCAUCCCGUCGCCACCACAUUUCGCGUCAGUCACGCCGCAGUGGCGCAAAAGUCGUACGGCGCCGAAAAGCGCUUCUUGUGCCCACCGCCGAGCGUCACGGUCAGAGGUGCGCCGCUGCGCACAUAUGUCCCGAGCGACUCCAAGACGCAGCAUCGCAUCCUGAUGCGCGUGACUGCCGUGGGCCCUGACGGUAGGCCUACCCAGUACGAUGAACUCGACGGCAGGGAUCCCGGCGUUCAUGGAAGAAGCGUUGCUGCCGAGCAAUUGGCUCUUAUGCGGGCAGAUGAAAUGUGGCCGAACGGAGUGUACUUUCUCGGAUUGCACGUGGGAGGGGACAUGCGCAGCGACGGUGCCUCCAAGACGUUCAAAUUGCAGGUCGAGAUGUUGACUCCUCCAGGUCUCAAUGCUGCGCAUCCAUCCUUUCCCCAUGGCGUUCCCAAUACGCUUGCUGGCUAUGAUGCGCGCCCCUGGGCUUCCUUUCUUUCAAGUCCAAUUAGCGUGAUCAGCAAACCGGCAAGAAAGAGCGCCAAGUCUCGCAACACUUCUAGCACCGUCAUGGCGAACAGCUUCGUCUGCCUUUACAACCGAGUCAACAGCCAGACGGUCAGAACCAGGUUCUUGGGUAUUGAGACUGAGCAGUCGAGAAGCGGACCGAUCAGCCGCCUCACAGCGAAAAUGGACGGCUGGACACCUCUGCGCGUCGAAGUCAUUGGACGGCCAUACAAGAACGUAGAGUUUUCAAAUGAGCCGCUCAUGUAUGGCCACAUUAUCGUUCUGCGAGACGAGGCAGGUCUCUCCUCGGAUCCUCUUCUGGUUUGCCGAGUCGACAAGGGCAAAGUCGAGUUGUGGGACCAUGCCAGCGGAGAGCGCUCGAGCUCGAGUGUUGCCUCGGACGGCAUCCGGAGCUUUUUCAGGCUCACCGAGCGAGGAAUGCGCGAGCUGGCAUCUCAAGCUCCGCACCCAAACGACCCUCCAAGAUACGGUCGAGGUGCCGCGGCUGAGACUGCGAAGAUCGCUCUUGAUGAGCAUGCCGCCCAGCAGCGCUCUUCCGUUGAUGCAGGCGAAGGCUCGACCACUCCUGGCGUACCAGGACAAAAUGCGAGUCCGGUUAGUCAGAUGCAAAAAGUUGCGCUGCUGAGGAUACUUCCCAACUACGUACGCUGCGACAUGGACGACGCCUCCUUCGUUACCUUGACUCUGCCCAGUCAGCAUCGCAAUUAUCUUUGUUCGACAGUUCCUGAGCGACGACAUGAGCUCGGCUCUCAGCGGUCUCCUGAAUCGGGCAACGGUUCCUGGACGGCUGCGCAGCGACCAAGAGCUCAUGGUCAUGAUGCUGUCACAUCGCAAGAGGUGGCGCGGAGCACCGCAUACGCGCAUGCUCGCUGCAGCGACGCCCCUCCCUCAGACUAUCCGCACAAACAACGCUUGCCAGCCUGGUCCUCGACGGUCGAGCCCAGCCAGGGGCGAGAGCGUGCUGAACAGCGUGCGAGUCACCCACCGCGGCAAUCUGCACACUCAGCAUCGCAUGGUGCCGCCGGCCCAGCCUCAGCAUCCCUCCUUGAGGCCACUUCGGCAACAUACGCUACACCCUCAAAAAGCGAUCGAGAGGCAAGAGUAGGCUCAGGCCAGUUUGCAGAUCACGUCGAGGUUGAUGUGGUGGACGACACGCUGUGCUGGUCCGUUGUGAUGGUCCGUGAGUAAAUCGAGGCGGGAGAGUCAUCGCUCGUUCUCAGAAGCUCACGCACUUUGUCCAUCGUUCUACUUGACAGAUCAACUCGAAUACACCUACAUUGAUGCCAAUACUGCGCUAUCGGGACCUGGCCAUCAGCCCCAGCCCAUCAGCAACCUGCCCGUCACACCAUUCUCUGCGGUUGCAAGCAAGCCUUUCUUUGAUCCCACGGAGAACAGGUUGAACUUUGCUACGCGGGAUCUUUUCUAUCCAUUCCCAAUGGACGAUGGCGGCCCACCCUGUCAGAUAGCCUCCGAAAUCUGGAUUGGCGAUCUGGGCCCUCUUCGCUUCGAGGUGCGCGGACCUCGACAACGCUCCGAUCGCGAUCCCCCGCCGCUCCACAAUGACGUUGUCGUCACCUUGCCGCCGCCCGACGAGAUGGCUGGAGCGGUUCAUCGCGCUCUGACCGCUGCGUAUCCAAAGAGCUCGCCUGCAGAGCUGGAGGAAAUCAGUCCCGUAGGACUUCCAAUCAGCUUGGUCCGAGGAUUCGACGGUAUCGCCUACCCGUCAGAGUAUAAAAUCUUCCUCGACAGAAUGCAAAGCUCUCUUGCGCCCGACGCAGUCCAGCUCUACAGCAUUCGCAUAGAGUGA